GCGACCAUGUGAGAGUUGCAGAGAGCUAGCUGCCGGCUUCCUUGUAAAAUAUAAUGAUGACAAAAAGUUGGAACCUAGAUGCUUUCUUAGGCUAUUAAUUAAAGGUGUUUUCUGUCACUGUUUGUUUAGCCUGCAAUAAUACAUUCAGUGUAAAGCAGCACAAUUAAACAUUAAAAGAUUGUGAUCUCAAUUCGAACCCGCACAACAUGAAUGAUAAGUGAUAAUAAUUUGCAUGUGUUUAAUAAUCAGCCGAAGCUCUGCGUUCAGAUCUGCGCUUGAUCAUGAGAGAUUCAGUUUAUACACUUUUUCUGUUCGUUACAAACAUUUUAAUAACACAAAAGCACAGUUUAUAGUUCUGAUAUAAAGACUGAUGUUUAUGGUAAAGAUUAAAAUCACCGUUUAAUGGAUCUUGGAAGCUGGUGAAUGUUGUAGCUGUUACACCGUUUAAACAAACAACCAUCAAAAUGAUCUCACUGAAAAUGUUUUCAGAAAUGACCCAUCUUUAAUGAAGCAUGACGUUUUGUUUGUGAAUUGUUGAAUCAUUAAGUGGAAAUAAAUAUGUGUUGUACAAGAUGUUAGAUUUCUAUAUUUAGCAUGAUCUGCAACAGAAGCAAAGAUCCUUUUUCAUAUUGAAAUUUUUCCUUUUUUUUUCCAGAUGGUUCUUUCCUGAUUUAUAUUUCUAUUUAAAGUACAGGUUCAGUGUGUUAAAACCAAGGGUUUUUGCAGUAAUAGUUCUGUAUAAAUGGAAACCAAAUUACAUUUGUCUCCUCUUUUCUUUCUGAUUCCUUUUUGGUCCGAUCCGUGACUCGAACUGUAGUGUGAUCCAAACAGUGAGAUUUGUGAUUCAUUACACCACUGUAGUAUAUGUAUUAAUUCCGGUACUUUUACCAGUCUAGAUGAGCAUCAGACCCGAAUAAUUGAAAUCUGCAAAGACGAAAAAGAAGAGUUUAUUGAAGGACAGUGAGAAGAUGAGUGAUCCAGAACCCUUCAGAAUUAAAGAGGAAGAGACUGAAGAACGAACAGAUCUGGUGAUGGAGAAUGAGGAGAGGCAUGUCAAAACAUGUCUGAUCUGCACCGAGUGUGGAAAGAGUCUCUCAACAAAAGAGGUUUUCAAGUUUCACAUGAUGAUUCACACUGGGGAGAAACCGUACACAUGUACCGAGUGUGGGAGGAGUUUCAGGAAGUCAACGCAUCUUAAACAACACAUGAACAUUCAUGCUGGAGAGAAACCAUUUACAUGCACUUAUUGUAAUAAGGGUUUUGUAUCCAAGCAGACUCUUAAUUUUCACGUUAUGAUUCACACUGGAGAGAAACCAUUCAUAUGUUCUCAGUGUGGGAGUAGUUUUAGGAGCUUGACAUACCUUAAUCAACACAUGAGGAUUCACACUGGAGAGAAACCAUACGCGUGUACUCACUGUGGGAAGAGUUUUAGGCAAUCGUCAUCCCUCAAUCAACACAUGCUGACUCACACUGGAGAGAAAACACACAAGUGUGAUCACUGCGGCAAAAUGUUUGUGCGGGCUGCACAGCUGAGGCAUCAUCUCAGAGUUCAUACCAACGAGAAGCCUUACUCGUGUUCUGAGUGUGGAAAGAGUUUUACACAGCUUUCAAGUUUAAGUCUGCAUCAGAAGAUGCACACUGGUACGAGAGACUAUGUGUGCUUCGAGUGCGAGAGGACUUUUAUUACAGCUAUACAUUUGAAAGAGCACCAGAGGAUCCACACUGGAGAGAGACCUUACAAGUGUCCACACUGCGACAAGAGCUUCAGACUUUCAGGAGACCUAAAAGCACAUGAGAGGAUUCACACUGGCGAGAAACCUCACAAGUGUUCACACUGCAACAAAGGAUUCAGAGUUUCGGGAGAUCUGAGAAGACAUGAGAGGAUUCACACUGGAGAGAAGCCGUACAAGUGUUCACACUGCGACAAGAGCUUCUGUCAGUCAGGAGAGCUGAAAUCCCAUGAGAUGAUUCACACUGGAGAGAAACCGUUCAAAUGUGCUCACUGCGGCAAGGGAUUCAUACAUUUAAGACAUAUGAAAACACACGAGAGGAUUCACACUAGAGAGAAUUCUUACAAGGGCUCACACUCCGACGAGACGUUCGGAAAUUCAGGACAUCCAGAAACGCAUGAAAGGAUUCACCCUUGAGGGAAAUCUUGCAUGUUUUCACCCCCUUUAUAUUUAAGAUCUUUAACAUAGUCACUCCUGUGGCCGGUCUCUGGGGUCUUCUGGCGGAGCCCUUUCAGCUAUUCCCACAACACGUCUUAAGGCUGCUUUCACACCUGUGAAUCGAUUCAUUUGUUCCAAAACAGGGAUUAAAAUUGUUAGAUUGUUGCUCUUUCCUCUUAGUGCGGUUCGCUUUCACACUGCAAAGUUUCUGAACGGACCAAAUGAGCUAAAACAAGACGUGUGAGUAAACUCUCUUCACAUUGGUCAGAGUUUCAGGGUUUAUUCAGGGUCCCGCUCAGCUGUCAGGGAGGGGGGUGGUGUUUGACAGGGUGUGUGACGUGUCUGAAGAGCGGGGAGGGAUGCGGUGGGGAUGGGUGAAAAGGGUGUGCAAUGUAUUUGAGGACCGGGAGGGAGAGGCGCAAUUUCUGGGAGAUUAUAACUAGUUUGCGGAAACCAGGGAGUCUGUGCAUUUGCGGGAAACUUCCGUGAGACUUGGGAUGUCUGGAAUGACCUUCGCCCUACUCAUAAUUCUCUCUUCACUUAGCCGUAUGCCUAUUACAUAUCCAUAAUACACUAUAAUAUAACCGGGUUCGGAUCGAAUCGCUUUCUCGCUACAAUCGAUCCGCACCAGAGUUUGUUUCAAUCGAGCCAAGAGCACCUCAUUCAGGCGAUCUCAGAGCGAUUGUUUUGGAGCGCAUCCGAGCUCGAUUGCUGGUUACACAUAUGCCAAACGAAGCGCGCUAACUGGGCAAACGAUCCCAAACAAAAGUGUAGGUGUGAAAGCACCCUAAGACUAAAUGCUGAUUUAUCGAGUGAUCUGCAGGACCUACGGCGCCUUCCUUGCUCGUAGUCAUGCAUUUAUACUUCUACAUGCUGUUUGUGUUGUUCUGCAGUAACACUUCCAAAACGGUAGCUGGCAGUAGGUUUUUACGUUCCUCUGUGUCGACUAGGCAUGGGCCGGUGUAAGAUUCUGACGGUAUGAUAACCUUGAAUAAAAAUAUCAAGGUAUUGUGAUUACUGCUCUAAAAUAUAUUCUUUUUAAAUGUCUG